UUUUGUUGGUAUAUAACCAGAGGUACCAAGCAGCUCUCAGCAGAAUUAAACUUUGCACCAAAGAUGAAGAACAUCUUUCCAGAUUUCGCUCUCAAACAACUUGGCUUAUUUGUGGCAAUCAUUGUGAUUUUUUUCUACAAUGUUGUGCUUGACAGGGAUUACGAGUGCAAUUGUGAAGAAAGAUGUAGUGACUGCAUUGUCUACAUGGCUUUGCCAUCUGGUAUUAUAUUUGUUUUACAACUCUGGAUGGACAAGACAUUUAUAUAUACAUGCGAUAUAUCUACAUGUAAAUCUUGCUGUAAAGGUUGUUGUUAUGUAGUUUACCACGUUAUCAAGGCAGUUUUUGUCAGUCUGCUGUGGGUUACCUCUGUGUUAAUCGAUGGAGACUGGUAUGUUUGCUGUGAGAUAAAUCAGUCUGAACAACAGAAACUGUUAGCCUGCAAAGAGAAAAACAACCGCACAGCUGAGGAACGAACAACCAUCGCUGAACUGAAAAACCAUUCAAGGCUUUGGGGUAUGAUUUUACUCUUGGGUAUCGUCAUUGUGGCUGCCGUUGGCUCUUCAAUUGGACGGAAGAAAAGCUGUGGCCGCCCAUGCUGUACAGAGUCCCCUUGUUGCUGUACGGAUUCAGGUUGUUGCUACACAAACAUUCUGUAUGAGGAAGUGAAAUUGGACGAGGAGGAAAAUGUGCUGAAAGAGAUUAUGAAAAAAGAAGCAAAAGCAGAGGUGACAGAACGCCUAGAAAACUAUUGGCAGCAAACAAAGGUGGAGGGAGAAUGGGUCCCUCACCAAGUGUGUCUUUCACCGACAGGAAACCAGUCACAGCAUAGCAACCCAUAAGACUGAUACACAAUACACACAAGAAGAUUCGCCAAACACACUGGACUGGUGC